CAUGGCUACCAUAACAUUGAGGAUGAGCUAGUGUUCAAGAGCAACCCAGGCUUUGUAUUCCAUGACUCUUUAGGUUUGAGGCAGGAUCUGCCCAACAGUUUGAGGAGAUGAAGAAGUUUAUUAUUGACCAUGCAGCUGCAAGGACACUGAAGAAGUGUAUUCAUGCAAUUUGGUAUUGUAUCCCCAUGACUGACUACCAUAGGACAUUUUUUAAUGAGUGUGACACAGGACAUGUCCCAGUGAUAGUAUUGCUAACAAAGGUGGAUGCAUUGAAUUUUGCUGCCAUUGAGGAACUCCUGGAUGAAGGGUUGGAAAUGGAGGAAGCAGAGGAAAGGGCCACAGAAAGGGAAAUUCUGUUAUUAGAAAAGUGGCAGACACACAUCAAACAGAUACUGGACCAGUGCAAAUACCCACCUGAGAUGUAUCUCCCACUGGCAAAGAUGCAUGAUGAGAGUGCAGAUUGCACUACUUUGAUCCAGUGCACAGCAAGUGCUUUGAAUGAGGAAGGCCUGCAGAGCAUUGGAUUGAGUAUUGAAUAUGCUAUAUACUAUGAUAUAACUGAGGGAGGGGAAAGAUAUGACCAAGAAUUUUUGGAAAGUUCUUUGCUCAGUUGGUUUCCCAAGCAUGAUGUUGUGAGUGAUUUCAUAGAAGGGUUGGCUGGAGGUUGGCUGACAUCAUUUGGACUCCACUUGUUGGUGGCAUAACAGGAA